AUGAUGGGCAUGCGGCCACGCAGCCCCAGUGCCUGCUCUGCGCCCUGGUGGGGACCACAGCCUGGAGGACCCGGCCCUGCCAAGCGCCGCCGAUUAGACGACCCUGCAGACCCCGCAGAGCCCCCGGCGGCACCCACCCUGCAAGACUCCGCAGGAGCAGCAGACGCCACCGCGCUCACCUCCGUGGUGGUUCUGGCCGCGGGCUGCGCCUUACAGGUACCCCUGGACGACGUCGACCUGGUACUAGAGCCCGCGCCAACCUCGGUCCUGCAAGUGUCUCUCCAAGGACACACCCUCAUCCUGAUCCCUGAGGGCCUCGUGGGCCCCACUGACCAACGCCCAGGAGGCCAGGGAGACUGUCCUGAUGACCCGGAACUGGGCGCCUUUCUGAGCGCCCCCGGGGAGGACGUGGUUGUAGAGCAGGGAUUCUUCUGCGAGUCUGUCCCAGAGAUCGCCAGCCAAGAAGAGGCCUAUGAGGAAGACGCAGAUCCUGAAUCCCUGGAGUCUUGGAUGGACCCUCCAGCCGGCUCAGCUGCUGGGCUCCUCCCCUCCACUGGAAGAGUAUCCAGGCUGUUUCCUCUGGCCCCCACCCUUAAUUUGGGAAGAAGCUCGCCUCGCCCCGUCUUAGACCUGGAUUUCCACCUUCUGAGGCCUUUCCCCAGCUCACCGCUGCAACCUCUACCUCCCUCUCCAAGUCCAAGUCCAAGUCCCCAGGCACUUCCGGAGCGUUCUCCAGGUCCUCGGAGCAAAGCCUGCAGACGCCUGUUCCAGGAAUGA